GCCCCAGCCCCCGCACCAACUCAUCUAACAAUGUCCGGACGUGGCAAGGGCGGCAAGGGCCUGGGCAAGGGCGGUGCCAAGCGCCACCGCAAGGUGCUUCGCGACAACAUCCAGGGCAUCACCAAGCCCGCUAUCCGCCGUCUGGCUCGCCGUGGCGGUGUGAAGCGUAUUAGCGGCCUGAUUUACGAGGAGACCCGCACGGUGCUGAAGACCUUCCUGGAGAACGUCAUCCGCGACUCGGUCACCUACACCGAGCACGCUCGCCGCAAGACCGUGACCGCCAUGGACGUGGUGUACGCCCUGAAGCGCCAGGGCCGCACCCUGUACGGCUUCGGUGGUUAAGCGAUUACCUUGGCGGCAGGUGUGGGGAGCAACGUACCCAACGUGUCUUCCCCACGGUCGUGCCCCUUCCACCUGGCUGUCUACCGCUUCAUCCAAAACUCGGUGUUUCUCAACACCACCCUGACACGUAUUGCCUCUUUUUAGCAGGGUCAUAAUCAGAGCAUACGAAGGGCGAUAGUUCACAGGGUCAGAGUUGCGUGGAGCGCGUGGGACUGUGGGAGAGUUGCUUACGCGCAAUGCCUGUGCGUGCCCGGUCAUAACCGUCUGGUAGCCGUGGUUGCCUGCCUGCUUGUGGCCUGUUCAUGGAGGCUGCAGACCAGAGGAGGGAGUCUUUCCUGCUGCAGACUGCAUGAGCUCAAUGGUUGUGUCGUCUCAUUGGCGGUCUGCUUGGGGAUGUCUGGAUGUGUCUGCCCUAGCGAUUGGCAGCGAGACGGGGGAGGCGGUUGCCAGGCGGUUUCUCUAUGUCCGAGAUGGGGUCUCGAAAUAGCUGUAGGCAUACCCCUGCGGUCCUUCUGCGUACCGGUGCGAUUGGGGCCUUUAGGUUUACGGUUUCCGCCGAUGGGGGGAAACAGAUGGAACAUGGAGGUACGGCGGUAUGGCAUGCUGUGCAAGUUGAUGGGACGUGAACCACAAUAGCUUGAGGGCAGACAGCACAGUGCCGGCGUGUUUCAUUUGGGCUCCACUGGUGCUGCCUCACUCACAGGUUUCGCCUGGCACAACACUU